AUUAAAUCACAACGGAGCGUAUGAUAGAGGAGGAGCGCACAAAUCAAACGUCUAAUUUUCUCCAACGGUCAUAUUCCCCCAAUUUAACCUCUCCUCUUCACCAAACCCUAAUCAAUUUCAUCACUCUCUCCUUGUCUCGAUUUUGUGUUCUUGAGUAACCAUGAAUGUUCUUGGCGAAUACCCAGAUGCGAUUAACAAGAAAGACCUGCAGAUUUGGAACAAUUCAGCGUUCGACGACGGUGGUGAUUCAGAGAGCUUCAAAUCGCCAUCGUGGGUGAUGAAGAAACCAGUUGUUGUGUCUUCAGAUUCUUCGUUUUCCAGUAAGGAAAACCAGAGCCCGAUUGGGUUUAACCCGAAAUCCUCUCUUCUUGUUCACGAAUUGAAACCUUUUAAGAAUCUGAACAAGAUUGGUUUGUUGAAACCUGUCGAGAAGACUGAUGAGGAGAUAGAGAUUGAGAAAGAGAUCAGUCGGUUGUAUGCCAAAUUGGAAUCCAUUAGACGCGAAAGAGCGGAGAAGAAUGUCAAGUGUGUUGAAAACAAGAAAGAAUCUGGUGUUAAAAAGAUCCCAAACAAGAUUCAAACAAGGGGGCUUAGUUUGGGGCCGAAUGAGAUCAUGUCGGCUGCUGCCAAGUCUAAACAAUCGGUUGAAUCGACACAGAACCGAAGGAAAUCUUGUUUUUGGAAGUUGGAUGACAUUGAAGAAGAAAAAUGUGGGUUUUCAAGACGGAGAAUUUCUAAUCUUAGACAAGCGGUUACUACGGUUGGAUUGAAAAAGGGGGUGAAGAAAGACGAUUCGAUUCUGGGAAGCAUUCAACCGAAGAAGCUGUUCGGAGACCAAUCGGUUCCUGCUAAGAGGCCUGUAAAGCCGAGUGGUCGGGUUAUUCCAAGUCGCUACAACCAGGCGACGGUUAACUCGUCGAUGAAGAAGAGGUCUUCGCUCACUACCGAUACUGUUGAACGGAAACCACGUGAGGGUCGAGUGAAGAAGAAGUGGGAUAUUCCGAGUGCGAUUGUGAUCCCAAACAGAUUCAGUGUUGAUGGCAAUGAGGAUGAGAGUUCUGUGGAUGUGGUGAUGCCAGAGGUGUUAUUGCCCAGGAUUCGGGUGGUUCGGUAUAUGGAAGAGGCGGGGCGGGAUUCUGGUCCUGCCAAGAGGGUGGCUGACUUGGUUGGGAAGAAGUCAUACUUUGAUGAAGAAGAGGCAGUGUGUCAACAACUGAGUUUCGAUGAACAAGAUUGAGGCUUCAAGAACAUGUCAGCAAAAGUUUUGUUGCUUCAUUUGUGAAUUGUAAUGAAUAAGGUGAUUACAUUCCAAAUUUGAACAUCUUUUGAACUUUGAAGGAAUUAAUUUUGAAUUGGUUACUCUUGUGUAUACCUUCACUACUAUGUAGUUCUGAUUUCUGAAGUACAUCAAGCUUAUAUUAUAGAUAAGGGAACAUUGCCAGAUUGAUGUUGGGCUUUUGUUUUCAAGUAUUAGGCCAUAAUGAGAAUUGAUUUAUGAUUAUUGAUAUGCA